CCUAGCCUGUGGAUCAUGGCAAAUUUGAGCCAGCCCUCCGAAUUUGUCCUCUCGGGCUUCUCCUCCUUCGGUGAGCUGCAGGCUCUUCUGUAUGGCCCCUUCCUCAUGCUUUAUCUUCUCGCCUUCAUGGGAAACACCAUCAUUAUAGUUAUGGUCAUAGCUGACACCCACCUACAUACACCCAUGUACUUCUUCCUGGCCAAUUUUUCCCUGCUGGAGAUCUUGGUAACCAUGACUGCAGUGCCCAGGAUGCUCUCAGACCUGCUGGUCCCCCACAAAGUCAUUACCUUCACUGGCUGCAUGGUCCAGUUCUACUUCUACUUUUCCCUGGGUUCCACCUCCUUCCUCAUCCUGACAGACAUGGCUCUUGACCGCUUUGUGGCCAUCUGCCACCCACUGCGCUAUGGCACUCUGAUGAGCCGGGCUGUGUGUGUCCAGCUGGCUGGGGCUGCCUGGUCAGCUCCUUUCCUAGCCAUGGUACCUACUGUCCUCUCCCGAGCUCAUCUUGAUUACUGCCAUGGCAACGUCAUUAACCACUUCUUCUGUGACAGUGCACCUCUCCUGCAGUUGUCCUGCUCUGACACUCGCCUAUUGGAAUUCUGGGACUUUCUGAUGGCCUUGGCCUUUGUCCUCAGCUCCUUCCUGGUGACCCUCAUCUCCUAUGGCUACAUAGUGACCACCGUGCUGCGGAUCCCCUCUGCCAGCAGCCGCCGGAAGACUUUCUCCACCUGCGGGUCUCACCUCACACUGGUCUUCAUUGGCUACAGUAGUACUAUCUUUCUGUAUGUCAGGCCUGGCAAAGCUCACUCUGUGCAAGUCAGGAAGGUCGUGGCCUUGGUGACUUCAGUUCUCACCCCCUUCCUCAAUCCCUUUAUCCUUACCUUCCGCAAUGAGACAGUUAAAACAGUGCUACAGGGGCAGAUGCAGAGGCUGAAAGGUCUUUGCAAGGCACAAUGAUGAGCCUGGGGCCCGGAGGGACCUGGCCUGCCUCCAUCGAGCAGUUCUGUGGGGAGGGA